AUGAUGCGCUUGAUUCCUUUCCUUCGGAGAACAAAUAUAAGAUCAACAUCAAAGGCUUUGGGGAUGUCAAAGACCACUGUUUGGAGAAGAAUCAAAGAUGGAAGUAUUAAAGCACACUCAAAUGCCAUUAAACCAGGCUUCUCACUCAAAACAAGAAUAGCUAGACUUAAGCAUUAUCUUGAGAUGCUAGAUGAGAGUGUAUCCCCAGCAGUAUUUUCUGGUAUGUAUGACCGGAUUCACAUUGAUGAAAAGUGGUUCCAUAUGUCUAAGACGACUCAAAAGUAUUAUCUUCAUCCAAUGGAAGCGUCGCCGAUACGUAGAUGUACUAGUAAGAAUUUUAUUCCAAAAGUUAUGUUUUUGUCGGCAUUAGUUCGUCCCCGGUAUGAUGAAUCUGGAAAUACUACAUUCGACGGGAAAAUUGGAAUGUGGGCGUUCGUUUUUAUGGAGGCCGCAAAGAGGAAAAGCAAAAAUCGAGUUGCAGGUACUCUUGAGAUGAAACCAAUUAAGUCAAUCACACAAAAGGUUACUCGCGAGUUUUUGAUCAACAAACUACUCCCUGCUAUCAUACAAAAAUGGCCACAUGACGGUCGUACAAUCUUCAUUCAACAAGAUAACGCAAGGCCACACAUUGCUAUUGAUGAUGAACAAUUUUGUGAAGCUGUUCGACAAUCUGGAUUGGAUGCGCGAUAUGUUUUCAACCUCCAAAUAGUCCAGAUUUAA